AUGAUGAUCCGGUCAGCAAAAGGAACGACGCCAUUUUUCGUGAGCGUCACGCGGCGCCAGUUCGCGCACUGGAAAAUCGAGCACACCGUGCCGCUUUACGAGAGAAGGAGUCGAGCCAAGUUGAAGAGGGAGAAGCUGCUGAAAAAAGCGAAAAUUCAAGUUUUGCACUUGGGUCGGAGUGCGCGCUUGGAGGGGGGGGCCUCGACAGCCCGGGUCGGUAGUACCUCCAACACAGCUCAUCUGGGUAGUAGCUCCUACACAGGUCAUAUGGAACUCCCCCAUGGGGCCAUCCGAACGGAAGACCCCCACGUGAAGGAGCUUCCAGAAUUAAAGAUGGAGCAACUCAACGCGUCUUCACUGACGUUCACACACGCGAAGAGGCUAUUCCUUAUCAUCAGAAGGAAGGGGAACGAAGCGCUACUUAAACAUGUGAACAACGAGCACUUGGUGCACGUCUGCGUUUUUAUGGUGAAGAAGAAUGUGCGCUGUCGCCCUGUGGAGGAAGAGUUCCUGCGGAGGGUGGGCUACGCGGUGGGCGAAGAGGUGGGCGAAGAGGUUGACGGCACUUCCUCCCGAGCGGCUGCCAGCCCCCCGGGCGACCCCCUUCUGCGAGCAGACAACCUCUACCACGUGCUGGAAUUUAUCCAUCACAUUGGCCUUAACAACGUAUCGGUGCGUCAAAGUGGGUACCACGCAUGGGGGUUCACCAAACUUAAGCGCAUAUACAAUGCGCUGCUGAGCCAGAUUACAAACAAAAUGAUACUGAGCAAGGGAGACGUCAUGGAGGUGCUUAGGAUAAAUGACAAAUACCUGCAUUUCGAUGAGUGCCUCUUUGACUACAUCGAUGGGACUAUAGAGAGCACCUUCGACACAUAUGAUGAGCAUGAGGUAGCGUCCCUGUGCAGACAUUUGAAUAAAAUUCUAUUCCUCUUGGCCUUACAGAGGCAUGGGAUAAAGUGUGACCUGAAGGUGCACCGCUUGGUGAAGCGGUACGUGUGCAAAAGUUUGGUCUUCUCUCCCGAGGCGGGACAGGAGAAGUGGGAGGAACAACAGAAGUGGCAGGAACAACAGAAGUCGGAAGGACAUCGGCCCUGGGAGGGACAUCGCAGCUCGGAGGCACAACUUGGAGACGUAGUUCCCCCCCAUGUUGAUGACCCAGUAGCUCGCUGCCCGGAGGCCUCGCCCCCCUCACCUCUACACACCUUCAGGGAGCGUAUCAGGAAGAGUUCGCUCGUGAAGACACUCAACAAAGAGCUAAGCAAAAGCGCACACGAAUAUAAGUACUACAACCUAGUGGAGCUACUCGAGUUUUACUCCCUCUUCCAAAUAAGAAGAAAGGGAAUGGUCAAAAGGCUUAUAAACGAGGUAGACAAAUAUAUCAAUAUCAUGAAGUAUGGCUACCAUGCAAAGGCACUGAUUUUAUUCAGCUUAAAUAGGAAACACCUGGAUGAAGAAAAUCAAAAGAGCAUAAGGCGCUUAAUCAGGAGAACAUCUCAAAUGCUUCACUUCUAUUGGCCUGUCGAAUUCAUCCUAGAGACAAUCAUUGCUUGCUGUUCUUUUCUGGACAAGGGAAACAAGACCAUGCGAAACUUAUUUCUCUACUUGAAGGGGAACAUUAAAAAGUGUGUCCAUCCGGUGUUGCUAGUUAAUUUUCUAAAAUCGCUAGCUGCUACACAGAUUCAGGAAUGGACUGUUUGCAACCAAAUAGUGAACUACGUAAAGGAGAAGAAAGAUUUCAUAGACGAGAUUUACGUGGUGCAGAUAUUAAAAUAUCUAUCUGUGUUGAAUUAUCCUAAUGAUGAGUUGUUUGUUUCGUUUCUGACUGGAGACAGAGUGCUGUCUCGGUUUUCCCGCCUACCCAGUGAAUCCCUCGUUAAUCUUCUCCACGUGGUUAAUCACUACAGGGGGGUGCCCCCCUCUGGGGGGGAGAAAGACUUCCGCUUGGGGAAUAUUCUUGUCCGCUCCUGCGCGUCGGUCUUCUUCUCCGAGUAUGUUAUGUUCCUGCUGCUCAGCAGGAGGGGGACGACGAAGAGACAGGGGAUGGAGAACACAGUGGAGGAGCGGACCAAUCACAACGUGCAUGGGGAGGUCCAUCAUAACGGCGGCACUUCCCUUCUGCAGGAUGUCACCUCCCUUCCGAAAGAAGCCACUUCUCUUCCUCAAGAUGCCACUUCCCCUCCCCACGCGGACGCCUUCGUGCAGCUGCUAAACGCGCUGACGAACUUAAAGAUCACCAACUUAGACAUGCUGCACUACGCUCUGAGUUACCUACAGGGUGGGGGUCUUCCAUGCGUGGAGCAAAGUCACGUGGUGACUCUCUUCCAGUUUUUCUCGGAGCAUCUAAUUAAUUGCCCCUCCGCGGGGGAGUCCCUCACAAGGGAGAUAUAUACUUACCUUCAUCAGGUUGCAAAAAAGACUAUAAUGAAGCUACCCGAGGAGUAUCUUAUUCACUGUGCAUUCUCUGUCUUAGCAUAUUACUUCGUCGAUAUUGUUCUGAACAAGAACAAGAAGAAUGUGGAUCUAUUGGAAAAAAUGAUGAUUAUCUUUGGACACAAAAUAAGGGCAGGAUUGAACCUCCUAACGGAGGAGAAUGAAGAAAAAAAGGCCUCCUCUGAACUGAUGCACGUGAUAUCCGCUGUUCUCAAACUGAUUUAUGAAAAAAUAGAGAAGAGGUUACCUGAUGAGUUGUUCACCCUGUGUACACAUGUACAGAAGCAUUUAACUGCGAUAGGGGGGGAGGCAGUCAAAGCGGGAAGAGAUCAGAAAAUUCCAACUGGGCAGCAUUUUAUUUUUUUCUUUUCAGACCUUUUUAAGAGUAAAAAGAUCCCCCAUUUUGUUAACUACUUUAGUUAUCCCUACACGAUUGAUAUUGUCAUUCCAGGGUGGGGAGACAAAGGUGGACUGGGCGAGGAGAGUCGGCAGCGUGCCCUCUUUCUAAUCGACAGCUUUGAUCAGAUGUACUUGAGAAACGUCCCCGUAGGGCGGUUCUUUGGCGAGGUGGGAAGGGAGCAAAUGGGGAAGCACGGGAGCGGCCAAAUGGAGGAGCAGCCUAUCAGCCAAAUGGAGGAACAGCGGAUUUGCCAGAUGGGGAAACAACGGGACGACCCCACUAGGGAGCACCGAACAGGGGAAGUGGUCUACCAAAAUGAAGACGUGCGAACAUGCUUGAAGCCGUAUGAAGCGAUUCGGGAGUGGUUCCUGAACAGCCAUAACUAUGCCGUGUCUUACGUGUCCGUGGCCGACUGGGAGAGCAAAUAUAUGUAG